AGUCAACAUUAUUUGUUGUCUUCAACAACAAAAAAUAGUUUUAAAAAAAAUCAUACUAUUUAACCGUCAGCUAACCGGAUACCAAGAUGCCACCUAAGAAGCGCAACACCGGGACGACACAGAGCAAGGAGCUGAAACCCGGUGCUGAAAGUUCCUCAACAGAGAAGAAAGAGAGUCCAGAGUUAUCUGUGAAAAAACACAGAGACAAAGAUGCAGAGUUUGUCACUCUGUGCAAGAGCCUUCAUGUGACAGACCUGGUGUGUGACCGAGCCUGGACGCUGUGGAAAACUGUGCAGGAGUCCCUGGAUGAAAUCACUGACACUCAGAAAAGACUGUGGGGUGCUUGUCUGUUUGUGACUGUGACGGACACGGAUGCCGCAUGUUUCACCUUAACUCAGGCUCUGAAAGCAGUCAGUCUGAAUGUAAAGCAGUUCAUGGCUCUGGUGAGGAAGUUGGAUGUGAACUUGGAUACGAUAAGCACCAAGGUGAAUUCAGCACUGUCACGACUGGAGAAGAAAUAUGAUGUGAUGCUGGCUCUCUACCAGAGGUUUGAGAAAACAUGCAAGAAAAUCUUAAUUUCUGAUGGCAAGGAGAGGGAGACCAUGCGGAGCUGCUGGACAACGUUUCUUUUGGCCAAAGGAAGGGCCUUGCAGAUGGAGGAUGACCUGGUCAUAUCAUUCCAGUUGCUGCUUUGUACACUGGAGUUAUUCAUCAAGCGCUGCCCUCCAGACCGUCUGCUGCCUCUAUACCAAUCAGCCAUCAGCAAAGUUCACAGUCCUCCGACAAGAACAACUCGUCGCAACCAGAGCAAAGCCAAAUCUCGACCUCCUGAGCCGGAGAUGGACGUGCAGCUUCUUGAAACCUUGUGCAAAGAGAACGAAUGCAACGCUGAAGAGGUGAAGAAUGUAUAUCAGACCAGCUUCUCUGCUUUCCUGGACUCAUUGGAUCUUUCAAGAUGGCCAGACUUUCCUCAGGUGAAUGACCUCAACCAACAAUAUGAAGAGCACUACCUCAAGACUAGAGACUUUGAUGGACGGCUGUUUUUUGACGGAGAUGAGACUGUUCUUGCACCUAAAAUUGAAAUAGCGCAGGUGGAGAGAACGCCAAAAAAGAACCUGGCUGAAGAAGAUGCUGUUCUCAUCCCUCCCCAGACUCCAAUCAGAGCUGCCAUGACCUCCAUCCAGCAGUUGAGGGGUGAUCUCAUCUCGAGUGGGGACCAACCAUCUACUAACCUGGCUACAUAUUUCAAAAAUUGCACAGUGGACCCAACGCAGGAUGUGCUGAAGCGUUUGGAGACUCUCGGACAGGUUUACAGCCAGAGGUUUGGUCAGGCAGUCGGCCCGCGGAGCACAGGUCUCGGCAUGCAGAGAUUUAACCUCGGUGUCAGGCUGUAUUACCAAGUCAUGGAGGAAAUGCUCAAAAUGGAAGAGAAGCGACUGUCUGUGCAAAAUUUCAGUAAACUCCUCAACGACUCCACAUUCCACACAUCACUUUUGGCCUGCGCUUUGGAGGUCGUCAUGGCAACGUAUGGAGAGAGCAGAUACAAGAGCGGAGGUGUUGACUCGGCUGAGACGGACCUGUGUUUCCCCUGGAUACUGGAUGUGUUCAGCCUCCCCGCCUUUGACUUCUACAAAGUCAUCGAGAGCUUCAUCAAGGCCGACCACACUAUGAACAAAGACAUCGUCAAACAUCUGGAGACAUGCGAGAACCUCAUCAUGGAGAGGAUUGCAUGGAGGACGGGCUCCCCUCUGUUUGAGCUGCUGAAACAGGAGCAUGAGGGCGGCGCAGCAGAACAGGUGGAGACCCCGGCCAGUUACAGCCAACCACUGCAGCACAACCACACCGCAGCUGACCUAUAUCUGUCGCCUGUGCGUCCGGGCAUUCGUAUCUUGGCCCCCGAGUCCCCCAGCUCUCAAGCUGCCUCUCAGCCUCCGACCCAGCCGGCCGCCCAGACUGCUGGCCAGACUCCACGACACACAAAGUCUAACUCUCUUAGCCUCUUCUAUAAAAAAUUGUACCGCCUGGCCUACACAAGGCUGAAGAUGCUCUGCUCCUACCUGCUGUCCUCCCAUCCUGAACUGGAGCCCAUAAUAUGGACCCUGUUCCAGCACACUCUGCAGCAUGAAUAUGACCUGAUGAGAGACCGUCACCUCGACCAGUUGAUGAUGUCAGCCAUGUACGCCAUAUGUAAAGUGAAGAGUGUUGAUCUGCGUUUCAAGACUAUCGUCACGGCAUACAAGAACAUGCCCAACGCCAGCCAAGAGACUUUUAAGCAUGUGUUAAUCACUGAGGGCCACUUCGACUCCAUCAUCGUCUUCUACAACCAGGUGUUCAUGCAGAAGUUAAAAACCAACAUCCUGCAGUACGCGUCUACCAGACCGCCUACCCUCUCUCCAAUCCCACAAAUACCACGCAGCCCUUAUAAAUUCCCCAAUUCGCCACUACGUGUGCCUGGGAGCAACAACGUGUACAUUUCCCCUUUGAAGAGUGCACGCAUGUCCCCUGGAAUCAUGACUCCUCGCUCCAGAAUGCUGGUAUCCAUUGGUGAAUCUUUUGGGCCGUCCAAUCGGUUCCAGAAGAUCAACCAGAUGGUCAACAGCAGCGAACGCUCCUUUAAGAGGACCCUGGAUCUCGGCACCACUCCAAAGCCUUUGAAGAGGUUACGAUUCGAUGUGGACGGGCAAGAUGAAGCUGAUGGCAGCAAAUCUGGUGGAGACUCUACACUGAUACAGAAGCUUGCAGAGAUGAGCUCCACCCGGAAUCGCAUGCAGGAGCAGAAGAUGAAGGAGGACGCAGAAUCAAGGAAGGAGUAACUCUAAAACCUACUGAACUGACCUGCACUGUUUGUCACAAUGUGAACACUACUUUCCGUUCACAUACACAGAGAAACAUGAGUUUCUCUUUACAUAUAGUAUUGGAUUUUAGUUUGUAUUUAACUUUGUCUUUGAGGAGUAAUAUGUGAAUAUAGAGGACUGUCUCCUCUUUUUUUUGUUAAUGCUUUAACUGAGUGUUUUAACCGAAUAAUGAUUGACAUCAUUGAAUUUCAUUUGAAUUUGCUGAUUGAGUACGUUUGUUUUUAAGAGUGGUGUUAAUUUGUUGAUAACAAAUCAUUGUUUUCACUCUCAUACAUGUUCUCAGUUACCAAGAGUGUUGAGAUACAUCAGUGGUUUUGUUGUUGUAUCACUGGCUUGUAUGUUGGCCUGUUUCUUUUUGGCAGAGACAUUUCAAAUGUUUCAAUCAUGAUGCAACAGUUCAAGUGUUAAAUCAUGAUCACUCGCUUCACCGAGGAGUAAAUGUCAGGAUCUGAGGGGAAUCAAUACGUCUCUCCAUGCAGUGGUUUUACUUCUUAAGUGAUAUUUUACUCUGGAAUUUGCAUUAACGUCUUGGGAAGGUUUAGUUUGUGCCACUGACUGAGAAGUGUAAAAUAAAAUGAUAUAUCACUUAAAGGAAAAAUCAUACACUACAUGGUUUGCACAAAAUUAAUGUAGUUUCAGAGGAUUUGGUUGCAAGUUAUAUUUUUUUUGGUGUAAUGUAUAUAGUUUUAUAGUAACUUUUUUUUUUUUUUUACUUCUAGGUGUUCAAAGCAAAUGCAAACACCUCAUAAUGUGGUUCAACUAAAGGAUUUUUAAGAUAUUAUCAGACAUUUUUCAACACAUGAUGCUGUUUAAUUUUAGUUUUUUUGAAUUGAAGUUGUUAAGUUGAGUAUUCCUAGAAACAGGGAAAAACAUUUAAGGGGAUGAAUAACACCACAUAAAGAAAAUGAAUAUGUGGACUUCACUCCAGAGUUUUUAAAUUAAAAUGUGUUUAUAUUGUACUUGAAGUAUUUCUUUUAAAAUGUAGUAAAUAUUGCUUUUGAAAAUAUUUUCUUCUUU